AUGAUUUUAAUAUCUGCUUUUCUCCCACUCCUGGCCCUCGGUGAUCUUGCCGCCGGGGCCCGAUUCCCUAAAGGGCCACUCGUCGGACCUCCACGCACUACACGUCAAGAUACAAAACUCGCUUCGGCCGGCGAGCUGACUCGCCGUGCCGUGCAGGUGGAACAGUUCGACCAGCUGAUUGACCACGGAAAUCCAUCGCUCGGCACCUUCAAGCAACGGUACUGGUGGGACACCACGUACUAUGCCGGCCCUGGUCACCCCAUCAUCAUCUACAACGCUGGCGAGUUCAAUGGCGAAUAUGCCACCACAAACACAUACGUACACAACAGAAGUAUCCCGGGCAUGUUGGCCUCAGAGGUCGGUGGCGCCGUGGUAAUUAUUGAGCACCGCUACUUUGGCGAGUCCAACCCCUUCAGCCAGUACACCGUCGCCAACCUCUCGCACCUGAACCUGAACAACUCCAUUGCCGACAUGGUCAACUUUGCCAGGACCGCCAAGCUGCCCUUUGCCCAGGGCAACUCCAGCGCAACGGAUCCUUCUCGCGUGCCAUGGAUCAACAUCGGGAGCUCCUACUCGGGCAGCCUCGCGGACUGGACCCAGCGACUGGAUGCGACAAGGACGUUUUGGGCCACGUACGUCAGCAGCUCAAAGGUCCAGCUCUUUGACGACUUUUGGAUGUAUUUCAAGCCGAUUGAGCUGGGCAUGCCCAAGAACUGCAGCGCCGACGUCAAUAGGGUCAUCGACCACGUCGACAAGAUCCUCCAGACCGGUUCCGCCAAGGACAAGUUGGACUUGAAGACAAAAUUCGGCUGGGCCAAGCUGCAGUACGACGACGACUUUGCCGAAGCCCUCUCUCAAGGUCCGUACCUUUGGCAAUCCAAGGACUUUUCUUUCGGCUAUAUGCCUUUUGACUUGUUUUGCGACUACGUCGAGAAUGCCGUUUCUUCCGCAUUCCCCAAUGCCACCGCCCCUGGGCCCGACGGCGUCGGAUUGGAAAAAGCUCUCGAAGGCUACGCCAAGUGGAUGCGCGACGAAUACAUCACGAAAACGUGCCAGUCCACUCCUAACUCCGACGAGGUUGUGAGCUGUGCCAACACCCACGACGCCAACGCCGCCUACUACACAUACGUGGAUAUCGACCCCACCUCCGAUUAUAGGCAGUGGCAGUGGAUGAAUUGCGUAUGGCCACUCGCCGGCCGGCUCAGCGGCGCUCCCAAGGGCGAGCCGACGGCGCUCAAGUCGCGCCUGGUCACGCCCGAGUACUGGGCACGGCAGUGCGCAAACUACUUCCCGGUCCCCGAGGGCAGCAAGCAGCUCCCGGGCGCCUUGACGCCCACGGAGGCCAACAAGGUGACCAAGGGUGGGUACACGUACGCGGGGCAGCAGCGUGUGCUGUACGUCAACAACCAGUUCGACCCCUGGCUCUACGGUACCGUCUCGUCGCCCAUGCGGCCGGGCGGCCCGAUGCAGUCGACAGGCGACAAGACGCCCGUCCUCGUCGUCCCGGGCGGCGGCCACAUGUCGGACUUUUGGAAGGACAAUGCAGAGGUCAACGCCGAGGUUGAGAAGCUGCAGAACCAGGCGAUCGACAUCAUGGUCAAAUGGAUUAGGGAGUUUAAAAUUCUUGUUUAA